UUGAAGUUUCAUCUCCUUUUGAGCCAAACAGACGCUCUGGAGAUCUCGGGCCAUGGGAAGAUUUCGGCGUGUGGCGGUGAUUGCCCUCUUUGCCUUUGUGGUUUUGAGGAGCAAUGCUGGAUUCAUUCUCCCCGCGAAAGCAACGGUGCGCAGUGAUGCAGAUUCUGCAGAACAUGCUCGCAGUCUUUGCAGCAGUCCUUGCUUGUGUUUGUGUCCAGGGCAGCCUUUGCCGAAGAGACACUUGGGUAAAUGAGGAAGGCUUGCUGGCGUUGGUGGCUGGUGUAGCAUUCCAGGCUGAAGGCGUUUCAGCUUUGAAUGAUGCCAGACAAGAUUCUAUUUGCACUUACAAGUGUCUUGCCAUAUGCAACCAAAAAGCACCCGACAAUGAGGAGUACUGCCAAAAGGCUUGCAAACUAUAUUGCCAAAGUUCUCAAGCAGAGCAGGAUCUUGAUUCUAAUGUGAAGAAGGGCAGCAUCGUCGACAAAAUCCUUGACAAGUCUCGCAAGAAGAAGUUUGAUGCCAACCGUGCAGACAACUCCAAAACAGAGAAACUCGAUCUCUUCAUCGGCGGUCAAUUGUCUUUGAGUAACGUCACAGAUUAUGCGAAUGGAAUCAAAGAGACCGCCAAAAUCAAAGAGUUCAUGAAGCAAUGAUUGGCAAAUGCGAGAUUGGAAAGAGGCACAAAGUCUUGAGCGACUAAAUCGGCAGCUUAUUCGCGAAG